AUGUCGGACACAAGGUGGCCAGCCAAGAAGAAAAUAAUCUCUGCUCGACCCGACUCUGAGCGAUGCUUUUUGUGGUCUCGUAAGGCCUUGACCACACGAGAGCCGACCAAGAAGUUCACCGUCACCUCCAUCCUCAUCGACAGCAUCAUCGUUUGUCAUUACGUCGGCUUUGCACCUACAUCUCUACACCUCAAUCGCAACGGUCCGCCCGCGAAGAGCACCUGUCUCAGCAUGUUGUCGUCAAUCGGAAGCGCAGUUGCCUCCUCCUCACGCACCGUCGUGCGAUCCAGCACGCGUCGCAUCACAUCGACUGCCAUGCGAUCCUUCGCCACCACCGGCCUUGUCCGAAACGCACCUGCACCCGUAGAUGCCAAGAUCUCCACCAUCGUCGACCAGAUUGAAAAGCUCACGCUCCUCGAAGCAGCAGACUUGGUAUCGCAUCUCAAGACUCGACUGAACAUCACGGAAAUCGCCAUGCCCGCAGCCUCGGCCUCUGCUGCUGCACCAGCAGCCGCCGCAGGUGCAGCAGAGCCAGAGGAGGAAGCAGCAAAGCCCAAGGAAAAGACCGUCUUUACACUCAAGCUCACCGGUCUGAAGGAUCCCACCGCCAAAGCCAAGGUCAUCAGGGAGGUCAAGGCCGUCAACACCACCAUGAAUCUCGUCGAGGCAAAGAAGUUCGUAGAGUCGACACCACAGGUGCUCAAGGAGGGGUUGAACAAGGAGGAUGCGGACAAGUUGAAGGCGGCUAUCGAGGCUGCGGGUGGUACCGUCGAGCUGGAGUAA